CCCGUCCCAAGACGCCAGUCUCCUAGUCGGAAACACGUCCGUCUAUUCGCCUUGUUAUGGUCCGACAUGGCCAUUCGUUGAAUGAAAGGCACGCGGACCGUUCAUCGGAAGGCUCCGAUAAUUAAUGUAGUAAACGUAAGAAGAUCUGAUCCUAUUCUUCUCCUGCAAUUGAUCAUUAUGAUUGAUCGCUCGCAAACCACGGUCGCGGAGAGAGCGGCUCCUCCACAAAACAAAAAGUACGGACGAACCACGAGUCUUGUCACGAGAACCUUGAAGAACUUGGGGCUCUGGGGGAGAAGAAAGGCAGAUCUGACGGAAGUGUCACUCCUUGCUGAAAUUCCCAUCAACCUGAGUGGAUGGCUUGACCCUGGUGGUGGUGCACUGUGCAGCCUGUUCCUGCUGGACGGGAAUUUCGCCAUUUCUCCCGACCGACCGAGGAGAUGGAGCAAAUCGGCACGGGCUUUCCGGGCGUUUCGUCAACGCUUCCCACACAGUUUCUACCCGCCAAGUGCGCGAUUCACAGCCUUGUGGUUGGUGCCAAGCGGCGUCUGUCUGGGGAAAACAGCAGGGACUGGUACACUUCUGGCUCCCUAUGACGACGACAACCUUGGGGAUGGGGGAUAAUAUUAUCGCACAGCCCCCCCUUGCGACCGGGGUGAAGGUUGAUGAUGACCAUGCCCCCGGCUAAGUUAGUACCAUAGAUAGCGGGCAGGAUGAAGCUCAUCAAUGCAAGUGUAAAAUGCCUCACAUCGGUGCUAAUGAAUUGCUUCAAUCCUUCCCGUGAGUGAUUAAUAUGUCAGAAGGUUUAACAAGUGAGGCGAAUGCGCGAUAUUCUCCUGAUAAUCUCUCAUUUGCUUCACCAUCGCGAUGGGACAAUCUAUUCUUGUACAACUGACUGACAAUCACAACACCCGAAAGUGGCUUAGCUUGGGUCUCUGUUCACCGCCUGCUACGAAUGCGACGAAUGCUGCCUGAGGUCUGGCUUCAACGACUACCACAGCAUAAUUAGAUACUCCA